AUGUCUUCGUGUUGCAAAACCGGGUUCAAAUGGGACGGCAAGCCCGUAGGUACAGAAUCUACCAUUGCCGGCCUUAAAACCUAUACGACUGGCAGCAACGAGAAUGUGGCAAUCCUAAUCGUCGCCGACAUAUUCGGCUGGACACUGACCAAUGCAAGGCUACUGGCUGAUCACUAUGCCAAAGAAGCUGAUGCCACCGUAUAUAUACCAGACUUUUACGACGGUGAAGUUAUCGGACCGGAAAUGCUAGAAGACCCAGAAAAGGCAAAAGAAUUCGACCUCAUGGCCUGGGUCGGCCGCCACAACAAAGAAAUCCGCGGUCCAGCCAUCUUUGCUGCCGCCAAAGAAAUCCGCUCCAAGUACAAAAAGGUCGGGGCCAUCGGCUUCUGCUAUGGCGGCUGGGCAGUCUUUCAGCUUGCGGGCAAGGGUAACAAUCUCAUCGACUGCGUUAGCACUGCCCACCCGUCCCUGCUGGAUAAGUCUGAAAUCACCAACCUUGGCGUACCGACGCAGAUCAUAGCCCCUGAGAACGACUUUACGCUCACGCCAGAAUUGAAAACGUUCUGCAAUGAAGAGAUUCCUAAGCUAGGUAUCGACUAUGCGUAUGAAUAUUUUCCUGGCUUGACUCACGGCUUCGCUACACGAGGUGACCCGACCAAUAAGUUGCAGAAGGAUGGGCUCGAAAGGGCAAAGAAUGCUGCUGUCAGUUGGUUCCUCCAGUAUCUACACGGGACCAAGUAG